CUCCUAUAAAUACAUAUGGUAGGCUUCAGUAAGUAUUCCGUAUGGUUUCUUCUACAGGAAUUUUCAGGAAAUUAUUUUGUAGUUUUUCAAAAAAUUUGGUAUUUUGUAAUACACCACCAUCAUUGCCAUUUAUUCCGAAAUCGCACAUUAAAAUACGAUGGUUUGCAUCAACUAAGGCUAAUAGCACCAUGCUAUGAAAACCUUUAUAUUAUAAUAAUACGAUCCGCUUCCAGAUGGGGGGACGAUGCUCACAUGCUUGCCGUCAAUGGCCCCAAGGCAAUGAGGAAAGUUCCAGAGUUCGUCAAAGCGCUGAUAAAUGUUUCUCCAGUCUUGUUCUAGUCGUGGAAACUGAAAAAAAAAGAUAAUAUGAUGCAUUAUGCAUGCUGAAAAUAUGCAUUAAAAAAAAUAAAUUGUGUAUUUUUUAAUUUUUUUCAUGCUUUGAAUUUAUGAAAUACGAUUAAGUAAUACAGUGAUAAAAACCAUAGAUAUUUCCA